UCCUCCUCAGCGCGGCGCCGCAGACUUGACCCAAGUCUCUCCAAGAGUCUCCUCCGGCCCCGGAAAAGCAGCUGCUGGCGUGAGGGCCGCCUGGGGAAUGGGCGGCCUCGUGACCUGAAGUCCCGGGGCAGGAAGGGCCUUGCCGGCCUCGCUCGCGCAAGGGCGGAUUUGCGCGGCCGGCACAGCAGGAACCGGCCGGCGGCCUGAGCGCCCGCGACCAUGAACGAGGAGGCCAUCUGCAGCGCGCUGCCCACCGUCCCCUACCGCAAGCUCGCCGACCUGUGCUACCUGAGCCGCGGCGCCUCGGGCACCGUGUCGUCCGCCCGCCACGCAGACUGGCGCGUUCAGGUGGCCGUGAAGCACCUGCACAUCCACACCCCACUGCUCGACAGUGAAAGAAAUGAUGUCCUAAGAGAAGCUGAAAUUUUACACAAAGCUAGAUUUAGUUACAUUCUUCCCAUUUUGGGAAUUUGCAUUGAGCCUGAAUUUUUGGGAAUAGUUACUGAAUAUAUGCCAAAUGGAUCAUUAAAUGAACUCCUACAUAGGAAAACUGAAUAUCCUGAGGUUGCUUGGCCACUGAGGUUUCGCAUCCUGCACGAAAUCGCACUUGGCGUAAAUUACCUGCACAAUAUGAAUCCUCCUUUACUUCAUCACGACUUGAAGACUCAGAAUAUCUUAUUGGAUAAUGAAUUUCAUGUCAAGAUUGCAGAUUUUGGUUUAUCAAAAUGGCGCUUGAUGUCCCUCUCACAAUCACGAAGUAGCAAAUCUGCACCAGAAGGAGGGACAAUUAUCUAUAUGCCUCCUGAAAACUAUGAACCUGGACAAAAAUCGAGGGCCAGUGUCAAGCAUGAUAUAUAUAGCUAUGCAGUUAUCAUGUGGGAAGUAUUAUCCAGAAAACAGCCUUUUGAAGAAGUCACCAACCCUUUGCAGAUUAUGUAUAGUGUGUCGCAAGGACAUCGACCUGACACUAACGAAGAAAGUUUGCCGUGUGAUAUACCUCAUCGAGCACUUAUGAUCUCUUUAAUAGAGAGUGGAUGGGCACAAAAUCCAGAUGAAAGACCCUCUUUCUUAAAAUGUUUAAUAGAACUUGAACCAGUUUUGAGAACAUUUGAAGAGAUAACUUUUCUUGAAGCUGUUAUUCAGCUAAAGAAAACAAAGUUACAGAGUGCUUCAAGUACUCUUCACGUAUGUGAUAAGAAGAAAACGGAAUUAUCUCUGAGCAUACCUGUAAAUCAUGGUCCACAGGAGGAAUCAUGUGGAUCAUCUCAGCUGCAUAAAAAUAGUGGUUCUCCUGGAAGCUCAAAGUCCUUGUCAGCUCCCCAAGACAAUGAUUUUCUAUCUAGAAAAACUCAGGACUAUUCUUCUGCGAAGCCACAUCACUGUUCAGUAAAUCACAGUUGGGAUACUACCAUUUCUGCAUCUCAAAAGGUGACAUUCUGUGAUAAGACUAUUCCAUACUCUACAGCAAUAAUAAAUUCACUCUUAGCUGAGGGACAUUCAGAGCGUCUGCAGCCUGGUUUAGCACAACAGUGGAUCCAGAGCAAAAGGGAAGACAUCGUGAACCAAAUGACAGAAGCCUGCCUGAACCAGUCGCUAGACGCCCUUCUCUCCAGGGACUUGAUCAUGAAGGAGGACUAUGAACUUAUUAGUACCAAGCCUACAAGGACCUCAAAAGUCAGACAAUUACUGGACACCACUGACAUCCAAGGAGAAGAAUUUGCUAAAGUUAUAGUACAAAAGUUGAAAGAUAACAAACAAAUGGGUCUUCAGCCUUACCCAGAAGUACUUGUAUCUUCUAGGUCACCAUCUUUAAAUUUACUUCAAAAUAAAAGCUUGUAAGUGAGUCUUUUACAAGAAAACAGUUAGUUUAUAAAAGGAUAUUUAUAUCUCUGUUGCCUUGAUAUUUUUGUAAAAUCCACAUGAGAAUUGGAGGCUUUACUGAAGAUUCUGCUUUAAGUAAAUACUAGUCUCCUUCCGUGAUAUUGCCAUAUUUUUUUAAUUAAAUAAGUAAAAAGCUUGCAUUCUGCUACAUA